AAAAUUGACGUCGUUACGAUAGAAAUCAAAUUUUAUGAUUCAAUCGUACAUAAUGUGAGUUCAUCAGUUUUCCUACAUUUUCUACAUAUUUAUAAUAAAAAACAGGAACAAAUAGCAAUGGACGAACUUUUUAAGACCAUUAAACAGAGACUUUCAAUGGAAAACCUCAUAGAGACUAUCCGAGAUGAGUUGGAUGACACCAAGAAGCCAGAAACUGUACAACCAAAUCCUGUGGUAAAUGUGCAAGAAGCAAUGGAUAAAACCGUGGAAAAUAAGAUAGAAACGGCCGAGGAACCAGCCGUUAUCGACACUAUGAAGUCGUCCAAUAUCCAGAAAAAACAGCCCUCAACAAACGCAGCAAAUGUUUUGCAAAAACCAAUCCCUCCAGAUGAAGACAAUGAUCCGUACCAGGAAAAUGAAAACCUUUUUAGCUUUUGCGAUUAAACUUUAGAUAUAUUAA